UAAUUUGAAGAAAAGGAGAAUAGAAUAGAAACCUAGAAAUGUUAAAGCAUAACUUGACUCCAUUGUCAAAUUUCCUUCAAUUUCAUAGUAAGGCGAGUAAUCAUUUGUUUCCCUUAGCGCGAAUCUCCUCUUCAAGCAGCCAUUCCCAGUCUAAGAUGGAGGCAACUUCUUAUAUGUUUGGGCCAUACAAGAUUGACAAAAAAGAAGUCUUUUAUUCCACUGAUUUCUCCUAUGCCUUGGUCAACCUCCGCCCCCUUCUUCCUGGUCAUGUGCUUGUCUGCCCAAGGCGUGAAGUACAACGCUUUGCUGAGCUUACUACUGAUGAGACUAGCGACUUGUGGAUUACAGCACAAAAAGUUGGCAAACAACUUGAGUCAUACCACAAGGCAUCUUCUCUUACAUUUACAAUCCAAGAUGGACCCCAGGCAGGACAGACAGUUCCUCAUGUUCAUAUUCACAUCAUCCCACGGAAAAGUGGCGAUUUUGAAAAGAAUGAUGAGAUUUAUGAUGCUUUGGACGUGAAGGAGAAAGAGAUGAAGCAGUCACUUGAUUUGGACAAGGAAAGGAAAGACAGAAGCAUUGAGGAGAUGGCUGACGAGGCAGAUGAAUAUAGAAAACUUUUCUAGUGAAGAAGCAGAUGAAACUUUUCUUGUGAUGGGGCUUACAUCAUCUCAUUAUUACUCUCUUAGAGUCUAACUGUUGCCCAAGUGCUUUAUUGAUCACCAGCUAUGGUGUGGAUCUAACAUUUGGAUUCCUUAUAAACUAUAUGUGAUAAAACUGAAGCUGUUGCUGUUUUCUCCUAUACGCAAAUUCUUUUCUUUGGAUGAA